AUUUAACUUCAAUAAAAAAAUGAGUCUGUAUCCAACGAUCAUCCCAAUUACGAUAGGCUUAAGGCUUCAAAGGGCCCUAAGAUCGUGAGCAUUCACCUUUUCCCUCAUUCUUUGCAGAUUUAUAUAAACUUAUAAUUGGAAAUAAUCAACAGACUUUAAUAAUCAGUAACAAUAGAAAUUGAUAAUAUGAAUGUAGUUAUUGGAACAUGCACAACAAAUCCAAGAUUAAGUUCAUCAUCAAGACCUAGUCUUUCAAGUCAUCGUCCUCCUCGGUCAGGAAGCACAAGCCCCCGACAUGACAGAAGAUUCGGAACGAAGAAAAAACAUCAUGACCAAAAUAUGUCAAAAUCCAUGGAAUGCAGUCCACGGCAGUUGUCACCAAACUGUGAUUGCCACCCUUGUCAGACAGGAAUAGGAUUUCUCGGUGUAUCAGAACUCAGAAGUAAUCCAAUCAUACCUCCGACCACAUCUCAUAGGAAAAAACAUGCUCAACACAACUCCACCUUAUCUGUAGACGAUAGUAACCUCAGUAAAAGUCCAAGUGCACCAAACCUUCACACAACAGCAACAUCUAUGCUGGCUUUUCAAGGAAGUAUGACAGCGUUCACAGCUAUCGUUGCAGGAAAACAACAGGUUUCACAGGAGAAUAAAGCCCCCAAGCGUGGGGGAUCUUCAUCACAACAACGACACACAGUGACAGGAUCAAAAGAUGUCAAUCAAAAAACUCAACAGAAUAAUGAAACCAAUGGACCGCCUAAAAUUACUGUUCAUGAACAACCACAAUGCACAUGUCGACAAAAUGCCCUGUCACCGACACCACGUCUCACUCUUCACACACAUGUGCCAGACAGUGUCGAGUCUGAAUCACAAGAUCCAGAGGCCUGGCAAAAGCGGCGAUCAAACCCAAAAGACACUGCUACACCAUCUAAAACUACUUCUGUAUCCAGUAAAAACCUGGUAUUCAAAGAAACCAGUGUUUAAAAUUGUUGAGACGGAGAUUUCAGUACAAAUGAGUGAAAAAUUUCCGAUUGUGUAAAUUUGUAACAAUAUUAAAUGUUGGAAGUCAAAACUGAAAUUUAUACUUUACAGUGAAAAUCUAAAAAAAAUUUUCACACAAAAAAUUUCAACUUGUGUAAUAAAAAAACUCUUCAUACGACUGUGAGAACAUUGCCUGAGAGAAUGUUCUAUAUAACCAUAUAUCCCAGUUACGCCAUACGCAUGGUGACAAUUAUAAGGUGAUAACAUUUUUA